AUGGAAUUAGGUUUGUUAUCGCUGUACAAGGGCAUAAGCGGCUUGGCCUGGGCUAUAAAUAGACGGCUCGAAGCAGCGCCAUCCAGCAAAUGCAAGAUGAGUUCUGAUUGUGACGCCACUGAGCCUGGGAACCCAGUCUAUGAACAGGUUCGUGACGCCACUGAACCUAGGAACCCAAUCGAUGAACAGGUUCGUGACGCCACUGAACCUGGGAACCCAGUCGAUGAACAGGUUCGUGACGCCACUGAACCUAGGAACCCAGUCGAUGAACAGGUUCGUGACGCCACUGAACCUAGGAACCCAAUCGAUGAACAGGUUCGUGACGCCACUGAACCUGGGAACCCAGUCGAUGAACAGGUUCGUGACGCCACUGAACCUGGGAACCCAGUCGAUGAACAGGUUCGUGACGCCACUGAACCUGGGAACCCAGUCGAUGAACAGGUUCGUGACGCCACUGAACCUGGGAACCCAGUCGAUGAACAGAUUGUGACGUCACUGAAUAGCGGGCCCUAA